GGAUAGAAGGUUUGGAUCGAAUUUCAUACAUAGUGAUAGCGAUUUGACACUGACUUGAGCAGUGAGUCGAUAAUUGUGUUUUUUCUUUCUAACUUUAUCCAUUGGCUGUGUGGCUUUUUCACGAUUGACGCAAUCCGUUUCGUCGCCAUACAAAUCAAUCGUGAUCUUGUCAUUGACGGUGGAACAAGCAGAGCAAGUUAAGGUGGUUCACCAGUCCGGUGCCGGGAUGGCGCCGAUCUCGGAAAGUCCCCGCGACGAACCUGACGUCGCGACAACCGAUAUCAUGAACCCGGAGAUGAAGCUCCGCGCUUUUUCCUUUGCCGAGCGGGUCACCACGUGUCUGAGCAAAACCUGGUUGACGGAUCCCCUGGCACAACAUAACAACAUUGACGUGCGCUUCGCCUUCUUUUCCGGGGGGAAGCCGAAUUUGUCGUCUUCAGAUGGCGGUGCUGAGAGUAAGACCAACGAAAGUGAAGACGGCGAGACUUCUUCGAAUGCAGAUGCAAGGGGGGAUGCGGAAAAUGCGAUUUCAACGGCCUUGGAAAUGCUUUCCACGAGAAAAGUGGAAGACAUCCUUCGAGAUGAGCACCAACUCGUAGAGCCAGGCAGUGAAAAGUCAAAGUCUCUGGGAUCACUUGCGGAUGAAAUUCUGUCCGUUCUUACGACAGAAGAUGCUGUGGCGCACAAUGUUGCCGGUGCCGGUUCGUUGCCAGUCCAAAGCCCGAAACCUUUUCCUGCUGAUCAUCUUAGUAUCGAAGAUACAACUACAAUGCCACGAAUGCGGGACCAAACCAAAAGCGCAGUCUCACGAGUGCAGUCGCUCGCC